CGAACAGCUGACAUAUCCAAAGCUAUCUCCUUUGCUCCAAUGCGAAGUUCUUCGAGAAAGCCCUCGACCCCGUUCAUGGAUUCAAAGAAGCGACCGAGAAACGAGUUCACCUGCCUAACGUCGACGACAUCAUCUUCGGUCAUUUCGUCAACUUCAUGUACACUGGUAAUUAUGCUCUGGCCGAGGCUGAAGAGGGGACUGGUGUCAGCACUCAUGCCAAGAUCUGGGUUCUUGCGGACAUGCUCGUUGCGCCCCGUCUUCAAAAUCUCGCCAUGGCCAGGCUCUUCGCUGAAAACAUCUCGGAACCCGAGCAUCCAGAACGAUCGAAACUACUCUACGUCAUCGACCUUCGCAUCAUGCAUUUCCUUUACUCCAAUACCACUGAAGAAUCCAAGCUGCGACGUUUCUUCGAAGAUGCUGUCAUCACUCAUUGGGAUAACCCUGGCAUGAUCGAAUUCGAGGAUGGCGAGGACACUGAGGAUGCUUGGGAUGAGCUGCUGGAUGAGAACCCAAUCUUUCGGAAGGCGCUCCUGUUUGAUCUUACUCGUCCUCGCGCGGCCCGCAAGCGAAUUCUUCGAGCUAUGGAGGCUUACUUUGUUGGUGCUUCUUGGGCUCAUGUUCACGAGAAGAAGAGAAAGUUUGAUGAGCUCGACUAAGGGGAGAUUCCCUCGAUCGCUGCCUUGUGGACUGGAAUGCUGAAGUUGGAAUUGUUGCUGUUCGGAAUGAUGGAUGACUACUAGGAUUGGCUUUCCCGUCAUGUCUCUGGAUUUCUUUUGUACUCAGCGGAAAUGCUUGGAAAUGGAUGGUGAUGAAGUACGAUC